CUGAGCCAGUACCUUGCUAUCUCUUCCGGUUAUCGCAAUACAUUUUAGUCCGAUCUCUUCAAUACUUUUUUCGCAUUGCAUUGGUACCGCAUUUAUUUUCAAACAUUAUUGAAGAUAUUUAUAAAAUGGCAGCUGGGAGAGGAUUCAGGUUAAAAGCUUAUUCUGCAUCGCGUUGAUGAUGCUCAGUGUUCAUGUUGUGCUGGGCUGAAGGGAACAUGAACAGAUGCUAAUGAAUUAGAGACCACAUUACACAUUUGUGAAAUACCUGAUCAAGAUAAAUCUGAACAUAGUCAGAAGCCUAUAUGCGACGAUGCACAGGCGUUUUGGUGACAGUUCAAUUCAAGCCCACAAAAGCCAUUUCCUUCUCUGACUAUGCAAGAGCUAUAUCUGUAAACAAUUGACCUAGCUGUAGCCUACAAAUAGGAGGUAUGGAAUCAUAUUCAGAUCAUUUUUAUGCAUGUUUCUGAUCAAACUUAUAUAUAGUCCUGCCUUAAUGUCACUGAAAACAGCAGCAUGAUUUUGCAGGAGGCAUGUCAAACUCUCAAACCUAGUCUAGGAUGCUGCAGGGUCCACAUGUCCUGGGUCAUGACAAGCCUCUGAUCAGACUAUCAUUCACGUCCUGUGUUGUGGGCACCGUCAGCCUGCCACUGCUUGGCUUAAUUACCUGCAUCUCCAUCUCCUCCGUAUUCCAUUUCCAGGACUCCACUGACACACAUUGCAAGGUUACCAAUUAUCUGCCCUCCAUUAGUGCCUCCAUAAGCCUGAGCCCAGAGUGCCAUAUCUGGCGCUUCUGCAUUGGCCUGCACUCUGCUCCCAGGUUCCUGGUGGCCGUGGCCUAUUUUAACUUCUAUAAGGGCCGCUUCUCCACAAGGUUCCUGGAGUGGCUGCUCAGCUGCCUCAACUUCAUGUGUGCCAUCACUGAGAACUUUGGCCUCUUGCUGCUCACCUACGUGUCAUCCAAUGAGACAUACCUUGUCCAUAAAGAAGGUUUUGUCCUGUUCAUUGCCAGUUCUGUUAUCCACAUGGUGUUAACCUGUCGGCUGUGGCUGGUUAUAAAGAAGUACUCACUGAUUCCUGAGGACGUGAAAUCUUUCCACUGGAAAAUCCGCUGCUUGAUCCUCAACAUCGCUUUCUGCUGCUUGGCUGCUUACUUUUACUGGAAACACAACAUGUACUGUGAACAAGGGAGCUACACCUUUUUCGCCCUCUUUGAGUAUUGUGUGGUGUUCUCCAACAUGGCCUUCCACCUAACAGCCUUCUGGGACUUUAAGAGCAGAGAGAUGGUGGUCAUCUCACCAGAGGAGGGUAAAGACUUCUGACUGGGAAACAGGUGUUCAACCACUCAGAACACACCUAGCGGAGAUGAUGCUGUUGCAGAGGAGGAGGAGCAGGAAGAGAGCGCCUUCUUCCAUAUAUUUACAUGAUGGCGGAUGUCAUGGCUGUAAAUAAUCACUUUAUUUAUCUGGACUGUUCAACCUGAAAGUCAAUCCUACUGUACCAACAUUUUGAUUGAGUUGAUAUUAACAUACUGUAUGAUACAUGACAGACUUAGUCCUCUAUGAUUUGGGACAGUGGGGCAACUUCGACUUGAUCACCUUGACUUAAGAGUAUGUCCUUCUUUAGUCAUGCUCACGUGUCUAUGACUUAUCACUUGUGAAAUUCGGGAAAUGCUGACUGUUGCCAAUGAUGUGAUCUGAAGAGAGUGUCUUCAGCUCUUUGUAGAAAGUAUUUUUAAAUGCAUCAAGAACUGUAGAUAAACGCAAAUAUGAUUUUGUAUAUUCUCAAGUAUUUAGAGACAUCUUAAAGGUAUUAAUAAUCUAAUAGUGAUUUUUUGGUGUGUAAACAUUAAGCUUCAUUAAACUAUUAUUUCAGAACUUUUGAGCUAUUUACCAUAACAUGCUUAUUCUUAGUGAGUCAGUCAGUCAGUGAGGUCCACAACCUAAAUUAAGGAAGUUACAAAUAAAUGUUCUUCCUCGUUUGUAAAGACAGAGAGAGAGACAGAGAGAGACAGAGAGAGUGAGAGAGACAGAGAGAGAGAGAGACAGAGAGAGUGAGAGAGACAGAGAGAGAGAGAGAGAGAGA